AUGAGUUCCCUCUUGAAGGUUCAUCAGUUGGACCAGCGCAUGCAGUUCAACCCAAAUAUCACUACCGGGUACCGUCCCCAUAUGCCGGUGAAGGAAGCUUUUCACACCUUUUUCCACUUGCACAACGAAUCGUUCAACAUGUGGUCGCACGCUGUUGCUGCAUGUUUCAUACUUUAUUUGAUGGUAUUUCCUCCGGUGGAGGAUUUAUUGGAGGUAAAUGGUAAGGUUGUGCUGCGUCAGAGGGUUGUUCCGGCAGAGGAGGCCAAUUUCCUACUGUCUGCCAGCCCAACUGUUGUUUUCCGGUCAACAUGUCUCAUGGCAUUCGUGGCAUUUGUUUGCAGUGUUGCGUAUCAUAUUCUCAUACCGUGCGGGGCUUCAAGGUCCGUAUGGGUACGGUUACUAAGUUGUGAUGCCAUCGGUACUGUCCUUACCACCACAGGCACCGCAUGGAGUUUUCUCUACCGCGGUAACGCUUGCGCUUCGCUUCACACCUCCCACCGUGUCGCCGUGCUUCUUCUGCUUCUCUCCGCCGCUGCACUCACUGCUGUGCUUCGAUGUGGCUCUUGUAGCUCACCAUCAGCUAGAGGAAAGGUAAUGGGUUUCUUUUCGCUUCCAUAUCUUGCGUUGGUGUUGUGGAUGGAAGUGCCCAAAGCCUAUACACAGGGUCAUUGCACAGCAGUAAACUAUCAUACACUUAGUUGGGUGUUUAUUGCCUUGGGUACUUUCGUAAACGCAUCGCGGUUUCCUGAGGUGCAGGUGUGUCGGAUAACCCGUUGUACCGCAAGGAAACCGGAAAAACGAUCCGAUAUGAAACCAAAGUGGUGGAGAUGGCUUAUACGUUGUUUGUUGUCUAGUGAUGAGAUUGAUUACGCGUGGAACAGCCACAACAUAUGGCAUUAUUGCGUUAUCCUCAGUGUAAUUGCCAAGUUGUUGGGUUGCAGAUAUGACAUGGUGGAGUUCGAGUUGGCGCGGUGCGUGACUUGA